UAGGUGCACGAGUUGCCACGAAAUUCAUAGCUCAAAGUCUCCAACAAGCUCAAGCCCUGCAGUGUUCACAUUUCUAAAAACUCCACACUCCCAUAGACAGAGGGGGCGAGAGAGGCAAGAGAGAGGGAUUGAGAAUGGGGAGGAAAAAGGGUGUGGUGUUCGAUGAGGGAGCUCCGGAUGACUUCGACCCGGAGAACCCAUAUAAGGACCCGGUUGCUAUGCUAGAGAUGAGGGAGCAUCUGGUGCGGGAGAAGUGGGUCGACAUCGAGAAGGCCAAGAUCCUCCGCGAGAAGGUGCGCUGGUGCUACCGGAUCGAGGGUGUCAACCACCUCCAGAAGUGCCGCCACCUCGUCCAGCAGUACCUCGACGCCACUCGUGGCGUCGGCUGGGGCAAGGACCACCGCCCCCCAUCUCUCCAUGGUCCUAAGGCCGAGUCGCAAUGAAUUUGGCUAUUCUCUCAAUUGGUGUCAGGCAAAUGAGUCCAUUUGGUGUAUUUGACAUAUAAACGGUACAAGUUCGGUUCCUGCCUUGCAUCAGUAUAACUUGUAUUUUUAUUUCACUUUAUUUUCUACAACAAGACCUUUUUGUAAUUGACUCACUUCUGCAUACGCCAAUGGCUUCGUACUGGUUUCUUUCUUCAGUUACUUUGCUUUACUUUGCAAUUGAGCGAUAUGGAUUUGAACUUGAUGCAAAUAAAGGAAUAUUUUUGUCCCUUCUUCUAAAGAGCCGCUAAUGUUUAGAUUGUCACCACUAUUUUAAUGAUUCCCAGACUGUCAAUCUGGGAUAUGUGUCACUGUUGAAUUUCAAAGGAAAUACGUGUCACAGUUGAUUUUCACCAGACUGACGAAGUGACGAGGCCCUCCAUUUCAUUUUAAAACACGUUAUGGAUGGUCAAAACCGAACGACUUCACAGAAGACAUCCUCUCCAUGUGUAAGGCGAUUGUUCUUUAUUUAGAAAACCCUGCUAAUCUGGUGAGUCUUUUUGUUUAAUAUUCCAAGGUAAUGUUUGGUGCUAAGUCCUUAGUUUGCUGCCCAGCUUACAAGUGUGUUACUGCAUAUGUAUAAAACAUUAGCAUACAGUGAAUGGGUGUGGUGAACUGAUAACUAGUAACUACAUUGCAUGUUCUCCUGUAUUUUUCCUGGGAGCCUCUGUCAAGUACCUGCUACUUUGGGUCUGACUAGUUCCAGGUUUGGUUUAAGAAUUGGGAUGUGUUUGUAUAGUUUGACUCUUAUUCUGGUGUGAAAGCCUGACCUGAAGCUCAUUACCAUUUACACUUUUUG